AUGAUUCGUAUUCCUACUACUACUACUACAUUGAUUAAAAGAGUCAUGGUUGGCGUAAUCAAAGGACUUGUCUUAUAUUCGCUAAUUAUUAUGUAUUUGUCACAUUCACUAAGCAAUGUGCGCUUACCUGUGCUGGCAGAAGACGAUGUGAUCACCAAGUCAUGUGAAGAAACAGGAUUCUCUGAGUUCGUGCACCAGCUCCGCUUCAGGUCUCUCCCAAUAAGUCUCUCUUUCUCUCUCUCCCUCUCUUUCCGUUUUUCUCUCACUCUCUUUCUUCCUUACUUUCUCUAUUUCUUUUUUUGUUCUUUCUUUCUUUUUUUCCUCUCUCUUAUUCUUUCUUGUGUUUUCUUUCUUACUUUCCUUCUUUCUUUCUUUCCUUCUUUCUUUCUUUCUUAUGCUUUGUUCCUUACUUUUUUACUUUUUUACUACUUUAUUUCUUUCUUUCUCUUUUUCUUUCUUAUAUUUUCUUUCUUUCUUUCUUACUUUCUUUUUUCUUCGUUCUUUCUUGCUAAUUUUCUUUCUUUCUUCCAUAGCCUUUUUCUCAUUUUCUUUCUUAUAUCUUCUUUCUUUCUUUCUUUUUCUUUCUUUCUUUCGUUUGUCUCUCCAUCUCUUUUUCUUUCUUAUGUUUUCUUUCUUUCUUUCUUUUUUCUUUACGUCUUUCUCUCUUCUAUUCAUCUCUUUCUCAUUUUCUUUCAUGUUUCCUAUCUUUCUUUCUUUCUUUCUUUCUUUCUUUCUUUCUUUCUUUCUUUCUUUCUUUCCAAUCUCUUCUUAUCUCCAAAUGCAGAAACUAUCUGGGAGGAUACUAAACAGAAUUCCUUCAAGAAACAAAAUUCUUUCAAGAAACAGAAUUCCUUCAAGAAACAGAAUUCCCUCAAGAAACAGAAUUCUUUCAAGGAACAGAAUUCCCUCCAGAAACAGAAUUCUUUCAAGAAACAGAAUUCCUACAAGAAACAGAAUUCUUUCAAGAAAAAGAAUUCCCUCAAGAAACAGAAUUCCCACAAAAAACAGAAUUCCCUCAAGAAACAGAAUUCUUUCAAGAAACAGAAUUUCCUCAAGAAACAGAAUUACUUCAAGAAACAGAAUUCUUUCAAGAAACAGAAUUCCCUCAAGAAACAGAAUUCCCUCAAGAAACAGAAUUCUUUCAAGAAACAGAAUUCCCUCAAGAAACAGAAUUCCUACAAGAAACAGAAUUCUUUCAAGAAAAAGAAUUCCCUCAAGAAACAGAAUUCCCUCAAGAAACAGAAUUCUUUCAAGGAACAGAAUUCCCUCAAGAAACAGAAUUCUUUCAAGAAACAGAAUUCUUUCAAGAAAAAGAAUUCCCUCAAGAAACAGAAUUCCCUCAAGAAACAGAAUUCUUUCAAGAAAACAGAAUUUCAAGAAACAGAAUUCCUACAAGAAACAGAAUUCUUUCAAGAAAAAGAAUUCCCUCAAGAAACAGAAUUCCCUCAAGUAACAGAAUUCCCUCAAGAAACAGAAUUCUUUCAAGAAACAGAAUUCCCUCAAGAAACAGAAUUCCUACAAGAAACAGAAUUCUUUCAAAGAAAAUUCCCUCAAGAAACAGAAGAAACAGAAUUCCCCAAGAAACAAAUUCCCUCAAGAAACAGAAUUCUUUCAAGGAAACAGAAUUCCCUCAAGAAACAGAAUUCCCUCAAGAAACAGAAUUCUUUCAAGAAAAAAGAAUUCCCUCAAGAAACAGAAUUCCUCAAGAAACAGAAUUCUUUCAAGAAAAAGAAUUCCCUCAAGAAACAGAAUUUCAAGAAACAGAAUUCUUUCAAGGAACAGAAUUCUUUCAAGAAACAGAAUUCUUUCAAGAAACAGAAUUCUUUCAGAAAAAAUUCCCUCAAGAAAAUUCCCUCAAGAAACAGAAUUCUUUCAAGAAAAAGAAUUCCCUCAAGAAACUGUAUACCUUCAAGAAACAAAAUUUCUUCAAGAAACAGAAUUCUCUCAAGAAACAGAAUUUUUUCAAGAAACAGAAUUCCCUCCAGAAACAGAAUUCUUUCAAGAAAAAGAAUUCCCCCAAGAAAAAGAAUUCCCUCAAAAAAAAAAAAAAAGAAUUCUUUCCAGAAACUAUUUUUUGGUCCUCUUUCCUACCCUCGAUCUAUUGCACACUUUCUCUUUUCCCUCACUCAUUUUCUCCCUCCUCCCUCCCUCUUUUUUCUUUCUUUCUUUCUUGUUCGUUCUCUCUCUCUUCUAUAUAUUUCUCAAGUCUUUUCCUUACUUCUAAUUUUGUAUCUAUCUUUCAUCCUUUCCUUCUCCCUUUUUUUAUAUAUUUUUCUCUUUUUUGUCUUGUCUCUUCUCUCUCUCUCUCUCUCUCUCUCUCUCUCUCUCCCAAAUCUAUAUUUUCUAUUUCCUUUUACACUCCCUUUCUCUCUUUUUUCGCUUAAUCAUAUUUUUUCUCCCACUUUCUCCUUCGCUUUUACUCUCUUUCUCGUUUCCUCUUUCCCAAUACUUUCCUUUCUUUUUUUAUCUCUUUCACCCCCUCUUUACUCUUCUUUGUAUUUUCUUUCAUCGUUUCUACAUUUCUCUUUCCUUCUGUUUCCCCCUCUAUUAUCCUUAAAUUCAUUCUCUCUCUCUCUCACUCUUUCUCUUUCUAGAUCUCUCUGUAUCCCUUUUUUUUCACUCUCCGUUUCUUUCUCGUCCAUUCUCUUUUUCUUAUUCUCUUUCUUACUUGAUUUCUUUUUCCUUUACUACGUUCCCCCCUCUCUCUCUCUCUUCCCUAUUCUUUCUCUGCGUCCUUUGCUCUCUUCUCUUUUUCUUCCUUUCUUUCUUUAUCUCGUUUUUCUUUGUAUUCCCCCUCUUUUCCACACAUUUUCUUUCUCCUUUUCUUUCUCCUUUUCUUUCUCAUUUUCUCUUCCUCUCUCAUCCAUUCUCUCUUUCUUAUUCUCUUUCUUGUUUGAUUUCUUUUUCCUUUACUACGUUCCCCCCCUCUCUCUCUCUUCCCUAUUCUUUCUCUGCUAUCCUUUGCUCUGUCUCCUCUCUCUUUUAUUCCUCUCUUUCUUUGUCUCUUUUUUCUCACAAUCCCCUCCCAUCUCAUAUUUUCUUUCUCCUUUUCUUUUCGAUUCUCUUUUUCCUCUCUCGGCAAUUCCUACUCUUUUUAUCUUCUCUGUUAUUACAGCCAAUAAAAAGUUAAAAGAACAUCAUUUUGCCAGCAUCCGGGCAAUCCUGCCCGCUAUCAAAGUCACGUGGUCAAUAUUUCUCGCCAUUGAAAGUGUUUUUAUCUACAGCCAAAUGACCUUUAUUUCCUGUUCGGACUUGAAUGCACUUUGCCGGUUUGUAGCUUACCAGCAGAUUUCUAUUAAGAAGACAUACCUACAGUGA